UGGAUAUUUGAGUGGGUAUUUGAGGGGGUUUGUGUGGAUAUUUGAGUGGGUAUUUGAGGGUUUUUUUUGUGGAUAUUUGAGUGGGUAUUUGAGGGGGUUUUUGUGGAUAUUUGGGUGCGUAUUUGAGGGCUGUUUUUGUGGAUAUUUGAGUGUGUAUUUGAGGGUUUUUUUGUGGAUAUUUCAGUGGGUAUUUGAGGGCUGUUUUUGUGGAUAUUUGAGUGUGUAUUUGAGGGUUUUUUUGUGGAUAUUUGAGUGGGUAUUUGAGGGUUUUUGUGGAUAUUUCAGUGGGUAUUUGAGGGGUUUUUGUGGAUAUUUGAGUGGGUAUUUGAGGGGUUUUUGUGGAUAUUUGUGCGGAUUGAUGAAGUCCUCUCUCAGCCUUCUCCCUGGACAAACCAGCCCCGGCUCCCUCAGCCUGGGAAGUGCUCCAGACCCCAAAAGACGCCCAUGGCCUCCUCAGGACCCGCUCCAGGAGCUCCCUCUGCUCCCGAGGAGCCCAGACUCGGGCACAGCUCUCCAGGUGUGCCUCACCUGGGCGGGCCAGGGCCCCCCCCCGACCUGCCGGCACCGCCCUCCCCGAUGUCCCCCGGGGUUCCUUUGCCCGCAGGAGGCGGGGCUGGGCAGGAGCAGCCCCCACAAGGAGCGCAGGGCUCACACCCGAGGUCGCAGCCGGCGGUUCCCAAAUUUUCAGCCUCACCUGCGCGGCCUCCACACCUGAGCUGACACAGCCGCGCCGCCCGGCCCAAAACCACCCGCGGCACCGGUUUCCCGCCCGGGGCAGCGCACAACGUGCCCACUUCAAAGAUGGCGGUGGCAGCGUCACCCGCCCCGCGCAACACACGGCAGAGAGUCCGGGCGGAAGCGCGUUCGGGCGGAAGCGGGUCCGACCCGAAUUGGGUCCCCCGCAGCCGGAUGCGCAGGGCCUGGCGGCGCGGCGGGAUGGAGGCCGGCGGCCACGGGCAGGAGGGCGAGGCGGGCGGCCAUGGCGGCCACAAGAAGAAGCACAAGAAGCACAAGAAAAAGCACAAGAAACGGCACCACCACGAGGCGGGGCCGCCCCCGGGGCCCGAACCCCCUCGGCAGCCCCGGCUGCGGCUCCGCAUCAAGCUGGGAGGGCAGAUCCUGAGCACCAAGAGUGUCCCCGCGUUCACGGUGGUCCCCGAAGGGCCGCAGUCGCCGUCCCCCUCCCCUCUGCUGGCAGGGGACGAGGAGGAGCCCAGCGUCCCCAUCGAGCAGUACCGGGCCUGGCUGGAUGAGGACAGCAACCUGGCCCCCUCCCCGCUGCCCGAGCUGGACCCCGAGAGCUGCUUCCCUCCCCGCGAGGAGGAGGAGGAGGAAGAGGAGGAGGAGGAGGAGGAGGAGGAGGAGGAGCGGCGCUGGCUGGCGGCCCUCGAGAGGGGGGAGCUGGACGACAACGGCGACAUCAAGAGGGAGGUGGACGAGUCCCUGCUGACGGCCCGGCAGCGCGCGCUGCUGCACAAGCAGCAGAGCCAGCCCCUGCUGCAGCUGCCCAUGGGCGCCAAGGCCAAGGAGGUGACGGAGGAGAUGCGGGAGAAGCGGGAGGAGCGGGCGCGGCGCCGGCGGCUGCAGGCCGCCCGCAAGGCCGAGGAGAGCAAGAACCAGACCAUCGAGCGCCUGACGCGCACGCACAAGGCCAAGGUGAGGGCCCUGCGCGAGCGCCGCGCCCGCCCCGCGCCCUGCCCCGUCGUGCACUACCGCAGCGCCGCCGACGGCGUCACCGUGUCCUUCCCCGCCGGGCUGCCGCCGCCCGCCGCCGCCGCCGCCCCGCCCGUGCCCCCCGCCCGGCCCUGCGCCGUGCCCGGCUGCCCCAACCCCCGGCGCUACAGCUGCGCCCGCACCGGCCGCCCGCUCUGCAGCCUGGGCUGCUACCGGCGCAACCUGCAGCUGCUGCAGAGCGCGGGGUGAGCCCCGCUGAGGGGGGCUACGGGCCCGCU